AUGUCACCACCAAAAGUGUUUUGUUUAGCAGAUAUAUGUAUGGUCCCAAUUGGUACCUCUAGUGCAAGUGUUUCUGAUUUCGUAGCGUUAAUUGAAACUAAGAUCCGUGAAAGUGAAUUGAAGAGUACGUUACAUAGUGCUGGUACUACGAUUGAAGGUCCUUGGGAUGAAGUCAUGAAUUUAAUUGGGUCUAUUCAUGAAUAUGCUCAUGAGAAUGGAUAUAUUAGGAUCCAAAGUGAUGUAAGGAUUGGGACUAGGGUGGAUAAACAUCAAACUGCUCAAGAUAAGAUUGAUACUGUUUUGAAGAAGAUGAAUGUUUCCAAGUAA